UAAUCGAUUGCUAUUCAACCAAUUGUAAACAACGACGUGGUAGAUUAAUUAGAUUUUUGAGAUAAAUAUGAACAAAUUUCUGUUAUUAUUGUGUUCCUUAGUGGCCUUUAUAAGCUGCCUUAAAUCAGCUCAUGCUGAAUUCACGGUUGCCGAGUGCCGGGAGCUGGGCUUCAUCAAGACACAGUUGAUGUGCUCCAAUUGUGACAAAUUAGAUGACUUUGGACUGGAGGCCAUUAAACCUCAUUGCAAGCAAUGCUGCACGCAGGAUCAGCAGCCAGCGGCGCAGCGAACGUAUGCCAAGGCGAUUCUUGAAGUUUGCACCUGUAAAUUCCGUGCAUAUCCUCAGAUCCAGGCAUUCAUACAGAGCGGUCGGCCUGCAAAGUUCCCCAAUCUGCAAAUCAAAUAUGUGCGCGGCUUAGAUCCAAUUGUGAAACUGUUGGAUGCCAGUGGCAAGGUACAAGAAACAUUGUCCAUAACCAAAUGGAAUACGGACACCGUGGAGGAGUUCUUCGAGACGCAUCUCGCAAAGGAAGGCGCUGGCAAAAGCUCCUACAGCGUCGUCGAGGAUGCCAGCGAUGAUGAUGACGAUGAUGAUUUCCUGCGCACCAAUAGAAUAUGAAUAUGAAUAUGAAAAGAGCGGUCAGCCUUCAGCAAAGUAGUCAAUAAAGAUAGCCUAUCGUCUAGGAGUUGAGAAACCAAA